AUGGCCCAGUCCGAUCCUUCCCGAUGGUCUGAUCACCUUCCCCUGGUGCUGUUGUCCCUCCGUUCCACUCUCAAGGCCGACAUCGGUUGCACUGCGGCUGAUCUUGUCUACGGAACCUCCCUACGACUGCCCGGUGAGUUAGUGUCUCCCUCAAACAUGCUAACGUUUUUUGCACCUUGCAGUUAUGUGGAGCAGCUGCGUAGUGUCAUGCGCAAUCUCCGCGCAACGCCCCCUCGGGCGUCACCGGCCAAUUCCUUCAUCCCUCCCGACCUAGAUAAGUGCAAUUUCGUCUUGGUUCGGCAUGACGCUGUCCGACGACCACUCCAACCACCCUAUGACGGGCCGUAUAAAGUCCAUCGUCGAUCUGACAAAGAUGUUGUCAUCGACCGCAACGGCAAGUCCGACACAGUCAGCACUGAUCGCGUCAAGCCGGCGUUCAUCGACGACAGAGACCAUUCCUUACCCCAACACUGCACUCCGCCGCAAACACUGAUGCCUCCACCUACUGGCGACAGUCCCCCUCCGGUUCGCCGCACACGAUCUGGUCGUCACGUCCACUGGCCCGACAGGUUUGUGGCUGGCUAGCAUGUUGACGCCUUCACUCCGUUUGUGUCUGGGGGUAGUUGUAGCAGCCGUUCCAGUUCUCCGGCUCCGUUUUGUCGAUCGAUGGCCGCGACAAUCGUUGCCAGGCCGCCGACACACAACCACCCCCGCCGAUUAUAACUGGGCCCCCCUCCUGUCCAGCUGCAGUGACCCCCGGCUGCCCCCACAAACUAUUAUCACCUCAUGCGCGUCGGACGACCAUGCUUGAUACCCGUGAGCCCCUGUAAUUAUGCUUCCCCCUAAUCCUCCCCUAAUCAGUCCAAUCUCAUGACCAGCAUCCAACCCGACACCCCCACCUACUGACACAGACUUUCACUCCCGCGUAAACUACACACCGUGACUGACGCUCUCCGUGAACGGACGCUUACCUCUGUUGCAAGCAAACAGCCAACUUACGGCAACCUGCCCUGUGUACAGAAUAAACUAGUCCUCCCAGCUCCCUGACUUCUAACACUAGAUGAAACGAACUUAUUGUGCGUGGUUUAAGUUGAUCUCACAUCCUUGACCGCCACAGUAAUAGGGGUUUUACGGGUGGGGCCUUUGGGAUGCGCCGAUAAGUGUGAAUAAUAGAAUUAUUUUUUUAUGAAAUUCCCCUUUAAAGUUUAACUUCAUCACUAUAUUGCUACGGAAGUAGGCGCGGUAAAUGAAAAGUAAACAAAUGGCAGUGCUAUACACAUAUACCAUUUUAAGCAACCCGCGGAUCAAUUUAGCGCCUGUGAUCAAACAUCCAAGGAACCGUAACGAAUGGUAAACAAGUAGAAUUGGUCUGUUGUCUGUCGUAAGGGAUAGUUAGUGAACGUAUGUACCAUGAAAUCUAACGCUAUGCGCUUGAGUACCUGUGAAGCACUUAUCGAGAGAAACGAAAUAACACAAUAAUUGAAUAAGUAAAUGGUAGGCAAAUGCUACUGUGUUUUGGAUAAAUAACCAACGAUGGAAUAGUAUGUCCUAAAUUUAAUACAUGCUUAGUAUGUUCCCAUAGCAAGGAAUAUGCAAUAAGGAUAUUUUUAAGAAAAGUAAAUCUAAUUUUUGUUUCGUAGAUCGGUAGACGCAGGCAACAAACGGAAACCGCGAACUAUCAUAGUGCAAUACCGUCUAUGGUUUGGCAUUAACGCCAUUUGCCUGAAAGAUGCCUGGGAACACUUUUUGUCGCAUAUAGCUGAAGCCUUUCCUUUUUAAUAUGAAAAAUGAAUUUAGAUAAACUUUGAUACUGAUACCGAUCCUAUGCCUGUUCACCCGACUUGGGUACGGGUACGAGCGCGAAGGGGAUGAGGACGUAUUGGCUAAGUAGGUGGACCACCUACCUGGCUGAAACCUGUCAAUGCCUAGGAUAAGUCUUUCGCCUUUUACUAAAGAUUUCGUUGUGGGGGGUGCAAUUCAAUGAGUUUAUAUAGACAUAUUUGCAGCGCCGCGUUCUCGGGGCGGUGAAAGUGAAGAAGAAAGUCAUGCUGACAAGGCUUCUGCGCGUGCACUGCCAGACAUAAUGAGAACGUAGGGCCAGCCCAUGGUAGGCAGUCGUGGAAAGUCCAAGUAGUACGUGCAAGUAUGCCGGCAACAAUUGAGGCCACUGUUGAAAGCGGGGAAUAUGAUAUGACUCCGUUGAAUGCUGACCGCAGUUUUUAUUGAAGCCUGCGAAGUUCAGGAACGCGUGCCAUCAAGUUGUCUAGACCGAUGCCUCAAAUGUGGAUGCUUAUGGCAAUGUUAUCAAAAGUGUGGUCGGUCUAUGGCGAUUGUUCCCCUACAAUCGUAAGGUAUGCACAGUGAGCAUUUUGCGACUAAGCCGUAGUAUGUCAUGGCUGAAUAAGCCGAAGAAGUUGUAAUGGUGGCACUCGUCGGCCGUAAUAGCCUCCAGCAUUGAUGUUAAGCAGUCGUUUGGUUUGUAAUGUUCGCUCUCUGACUGCGCCAAAGGAAUGCCAGUAUGUACGAUGACACAUAUCGGCUGCUGUGCUCGCACUUCAGCAAUGGAAGCAUAUUGCGUGCUCUACACUUGUUCCACUGCGAUCUUAUCCCAACUGUCCUAAAACAAGCUGCCAUUCGUUGCAAAAGGAAGGUAGGGUCUAAGACGAUGGUUUCGCAAUUCUCUAUAGCUAUUGUGGAGGUCUUGGAUUUGUGGUUUGACGUUUCCUGCGAUGGAACGCUUGAGUGCUCCCGUAUUGUCAAUGCCAACGCCCGGUCUGUGUCCAUGCUUAGCGGCUGUGUAAGUGUAGGUUUUGAUAAUCGAAGUCAGCCACCAUGUGGACUGAAGGUCAGACCGACUGCCACGGUCGUAAUUCGGCUAUGGAAACCUAUCUCAAUGUUGGUAAUAGCAGGGAUGGUCUACAACUAUCGUUAAGCAAAUAUGCUACAUACGGACUAGUGCUGUCGCUGGUAACCUCAAGAGUCGUUGCUGGUGAUUGGCAAACCCGGAUGACACAACAAAUAUGUAUGCCUAUAACCUACUCAAAUAGAUAGAGUAGGUAUUAUUUCCUGGUUGAGAAGAUUUUUUAGGUGCCAUCUCCCAAUGGUUACCUGCAGGGCCUCCAAAUGAAAACACCUGCCGUUAUCAGGAAACCAUGAUGAAUAAAGCAGAAACAGCGACCGAGAAAAUUGUUAUGGCAACUCAUAAUAACACUUCAGAUUAACUCACCAACCACAAAUGAUGUGGGUUUGAUAGAUACCGCGGUUGUACAGGUGGGUUUAGCAAAUGUUACCAAACCACAGCUAAACAUUUCAUGAUAAGGGAAAUUCACCCAAACAUCGGUUGUUUAUGUUAGCGUAUUAAACCUUGGCGGAACGAAAGGUCACUUAAUAGAAAUGACCUAUUAAGGCGCUAGAGCGACCCCGUAUGCAGUAGGUCACUAUCUUUAGCUGCCACUGUGCUGUAGCCCCAAUGAAAAGGACAAAGCGCUCCUUCACGUAAAACGCGUACGCAGUUCUUCUACUUAUUUUUAUAGGUAACGAGAGAUAUCGAGGCGUUUACGACGACCUCGGCGACAGCACUUAGCACGACAGAGGAUAUUCAGUGCAGUAUCAGGCCCGGGUUCGUUGAAGACCGGAUAAGGUUAGGGUUACAGCUGGGCCUAAAUUUAGAUUUAAGGUCGACGCUACGGUCACAUAACCUCACACCAAGCCGAUAAUUCUCACUAGUAAAAAUCAUCAAUUGAUAAUUUCCGAGUCCUGUCAUGCCUAUUUCAAAUAAUCUCACAGAACUUUGUGAAAACAAUAGCAAAUUUUCGUUGGAAUGUCCGCAGAAGCUACCAAUUCUGAAAAAUGCUUCAAAGACUAGAGCAAAGGGUUGAUUCUCUAGGUUUGCACACAGAAUGCAUUAAAGCUAUUGUCCAUGAUGAUAGCACCUAUCUGGAAAGGGCUGAUCAGACACUGCUAGCAGCCUUAUGCCACGACUAGCUUUAAAAUGAGCGGAUAAGGAAGCGGUCUAAAUCGAGUAAGAAGCUUCAAGAGGGAAACAAAAGGCAUACGGGCAGUAGUAUUUUCAAGAGACGAGCUGAAUUAUUUUCAGAAUAACUGUCAGCGCAAUACGAAUCUGCUCAUUUUGAUCUAACUGUGAAAAACUCGACGACCUCGGUAGGAUGCGAACCCACAACAGCAAGGGGAAGGCUUGAGUACAGUCAAAACUCUAGCCACUUGAGAUACGGGGCACCGCCGGGGGACGGUGAGUUUAAUUACAUGAAGUGUCUGUUUUAUUCUAGGGCAUGGGAAUGGUAUUAGUGCCCAAUAAUUUGUUUAGGUAUUCAGAAAACCGGUUGGCGAGGAUACAUUUGCUUUCGAUAAAUUCUUGUCAGUCCGGUGCAUUUAUAUGGGGACGGGGUAGAAGCAAAAUAUGCCUGUGAUAAGAGAAAUCAAUUGAAGUUCUUCUUAAGAGACAGGCGGGGUGUGGGAAUCGGGUGGGGGUGGGGUGGGGCGUAAUAAUAGCCAAUUCCAAUGGCGGGGUUAGAGCGGAAGAGCGUGGAGAGUUGCAUGAUUAGUCCACCUUUGACCACAGUAGGUGCGUAGCCUGAACGUGGUUCUUCUGCGCUUACAAGAUCGGUUUUCGUAACCUGAUGGUGGCCGCUUCUGUUGUUGCUAAUAGGCGUUGACCCAGUAACUAGGUGUAGAUCGAUGAAACCUCACAAAUCACCAGAAAAGCUUCAUUGGAGUCCACACGAUGUUUGCAGUCAAUAACAUGCGCGAGAACGGCGCUUUUUAUGCUCUUAGUUUGUUCUUUUCCCAGCCAUGUCUGGAGGGGUUCUCGUAUUCUCUUGGAUAUGCGCCGACUCGUGCGAUCAGUAUAACCAGCCCGCAGGAACAUAUAAAUAAACCAUUAAUCUUAGUUGAGUAGCAGUUUCUGGCCGUCUUCUUUUAUUUACUACUAUUCCCCUGAACACUGUUAUAUGCUGAACGUUCGGUGUGCCCACUAUUAUAACUAAAGUGCUUUUUGGUCUCGUAACGGCGGCUUUCACGAUGUUGAUUUAACACUCAACCCGUCUCCGUGUCAUUAGAGCGUAGUAUCAAUUUCUAAUGAUUGUGUACUUGAAGAAAUUUUCGUUAGCUUAUGCCUACAUCAUAACUUCUAAAGUCGAUUAAGUCUUGUAGUGUCUCGUUUGAAUGGAGGCUAAACAUGAAGAAAAAUUCCCAUUUGGGCGAAUUUCGGCUGCAUGAUACAUGUUUUUGGUCUCAAAAUAUUUUUGUUUUGAUGAUGUCCAGUUGUAACUCGGUAUCACUAAAUGCUACGAGAGCGUGCGGAAAACAAUAUUUGCAUGAGUAUUAAAACUUACGUACGGCUAUAGCUUGACAUAUAUUUAUCGCGCAGUAGGCUAUAAGAACACAGAUCUACAGACAGAAAGAAAUGCCUAUUCGACCAUUUUUUCCUAAAAACGUACAGAUCCUAUUGAGGUGGACUAUCAUACCGAAGAGUACAGACGCCAACUUCAUAUAAGAAGGAUUUUUGAUGUACUUUGCAUCCGUACAUAAAAAUUACGACUUUACUUGUGCACAGGGCUUGAUGCCGUCAUAAUCGCACACUGGUAAAUCAUCUCAGACAUGCAGUAAAGUAGAAUCCCCCACAAAUGGCGUUUCUGGCUGCGCGAGAGACGUACAUUUUGCAGUAAUCGACCAUUGCCCUUACGUCGGUAGGAACUGCUCCAGACUAGUAUGCACUUUUGGGAAUUUCUUGAUGACGUCGAUACGGAACCUGAAACACUUAUUUGUUGGACUAUACUAUAUCAGGCUAGUCUAUUGGUAUGAGGCGCGGUUGAGUGUUGGAAGAGAAGGUGCAACCACUCCAAACUAAUCCCCGUUGACACUUUUCGACCGUCAUUAGACAAAGUAACAGCGACUUCGAGCUAUGAAACAGACUUACUGAUCCAAAGUUCUACUACGUCAUCUAUAUGAAUAAAGGCGAACAAAAGGCGUGUAUAUUCUGUUAACUAGUCCCUGAAGCUAUAGCUGCUUGUGUGAAAACAAUGCGAUUCUAUAAGACCAGGUAAUAAGGUGUGUUUGACAGCAAGUGCUUGAGAGAACAAACCUUUAUUCAGGGAUUCAAGUUGACUUAACAAAGGAAGAUGGGAACAAUGCUGUGUGGUCUAUCCGGGCACUAGCCCGUUUUAAGGCUUGAAAGACCAAAAGCCCCUCACAACCGCAUGUUCCUCGUUUAUGACGCAAAGCCCUUUUGAUUAAUCUUACGCCACUUGAAGUGGACUGCCGAGCCUAUGGAAUAUAAGGCAUACGUGAAGGCCCUAUUUGUUCGAAGGCUAUUGCCAAAUUCAACUAACAGUGGAUGAGGCUGCGGUAAUCGACUUUUAUUGCCGCAAUAGCUUCGUCACACCUACACCACCUUUGCUAUAGAGCGCGCACAUUGGCGGAUGAAAGUUUAAGUCACGCAUCACUUAAUUCCUCUACACAAGGUUUGCGCGACGUCCAUGCAUAGGCUGACGCUUAUUAAUUGGAUGUAUCACAACAUGGCCAAAGAUAGCUCUCAGCGUGAUUUAACGAUUGUGGUUACCGGCAUCUGAGCUGUUCCUGUGUCUUCUUCCACAGUACAAUUCGUUUUCCAGACCUUCGGUUUGGAUAACUCAUUGUUGCCGCUAAGUGAACUUCGGCUGACAAACCUUGAUUUUAUAUCCGAAUUGGGUUUCCUCCCGAGAUGAACCUGCUUGACAUGUUUCAUAUCGGUCGUCUGCUCGAGAUAUUACGGACUGCCACUUUCGACCUCACGGCCUUUUAAAGCACUGAUCGAUUCACAGUGGGCACAAAUAUAAAUAGAAGAGUCGGAUAGUCGAACGUCUUCCAUAGAAUAUUCACGUUUAAUAAUUAUCACGGAGGCUGUCGUUGCGAAAGAAUCUAUGUAAAAUUAGUGACUUUGCUGAUGCAUCUAUGUUAACAAAUUAAUUUUUAAAUCCCACCAUUUAUCGUUUCCAAACGCUCGACAACAGGCAUAUUAGUCCGUGGCAUGACACUCACGUUUCCAACGCAUGAUUAUUUGAAAAUUGAGGAGAGUGAGUCCAUGCAAGGCAAUAUUGUUGGUUUUGAUUACAAAUAAACCGCGAAAUUUUGACUUUAAAUAGAAUUUGGACAAUCACUUUUAUUAUUAUUUGGCUGUCAAGUUCCACUUUACGGCCUUCAGAGCACCGGCGACAGGAAGCGUUCAACUUCUUCGGAUAAAAGCUCAACAAGACAAUUACAAUGCUGGGCACUUAUAGUUAUACCACUAGGUAGAUUUACUGCGCCACAUGAAAGACGCUUCUCUCCCGCUGCUAACGGCACGUCAAUGAAUUUGGAAAAACCUUUAUGCUCCUAAAUUCUCCAAGAUGAUCCAUAUCACUGAGAGGGAUAACCCGUCAAGAAAAACUAGAAUACUGUGGCCACCACUGUUCGAAAUAAGCGGUAACUUGCAAGUCGUCGAGGUCGCUCAUCAACUAAUGGUUGUUCGCAAAAAACAUCAAAUCACAAUGUCUUUUUAUAACGAGUCCAUAUAUCUGAAGAUUAAAGAAUGUACUGACAGUUAUAAAAGAUGUACUAUGACUUAGACGGCCACAUGGUUCUAUUAAAAUCGAUAAAAAAUAUUAAAAAUGACGGAAAUACGUCCAGUAAUAUUGACCUGUGCAGUUACCGGGAUAUAAAAGUUUUGCAUUUUCACAAGACGGCGCAUUCCCUUAAUAACUCGACGGUUGGGAGUCCUUGGGUGAUAAAAUACAUAACAAUACAAAUAAAAGAAUCUCGGGCUGGAUGUUUUUUUACGAUUAAACAGUAAACGGGGAAUAAUUUCCGGGCCGAAACGUGAAGGCAGAAUUCGGUUUGCCAGGAUUCUUAGUGUCAUGUAUUCAUGUGAAAAACUGACCAGUUAAGGAAGUACACGGCGUGACCAAUCUCAUGAAAUGUUGGCCAAAAUUCCGGAAUGCGUUGCCGAUUAGGAAGGAUUACUUAAGUGGGGUUGUUAGACUGAUUACCAUGCAGCACAACCGUAUAACUUUUCGGACUCACCAGGAUGUCGGCUUUUGAAUGCACUUCUUUUUGACCUCCUGCAGAAAUCGCACUCAGCAGAAAAUGGCUACUUAUGUAGCAUGAAUUUUUCCUAUUGAUUUUCGAUGGUCUUAUAAAUUCAAAUAUAUUUUUCAGAAAACAUGCACAAAGAUAUGCUUCCUUUUGCUCAUUUGGUAGAAAAUCACAUUGUUUUCAUAUUUUAUACAUGAGGAAAGUGUAUAUUUAGGUUUUAAAAAAGUUUCCAAAUUCCCGAAAAAUUUUCCGCCUGAUCUGCCAUUGCAUCAGCGUUUAGUAAUUGCAGUCUACAGGAUGCAUGCAAGCCGCGCAAAGGAAAUCAUAUAUUACUCUAUGCCUUUAAGAAGAUACCACAUAGGGUUCAUCAAAUUUUGUAACGGAUACGGACUGUGCUGUACAUUUCAUGAGGAGCAUUACUAAACGGGCAUUUGCGGUCUUGCGUGCAUGGACAUCGCACGGUCUUAAAAAUCUCAUAAUUAGAAACUUUUUUAAAACCUAAAUAUACACUUUCCUCAUGUAUAAAAUACAAAAAACAAUGUGAUUUCCUAUCAAAUGAGCAAAAGGAAGCAUAUCUUUGUGCAUGUUUUAUGAAAAAUAUAUUUGAAUCUAUAAGACCAUCGAAAAUCAAUAGGAAAAAUUCAUGCUACAUAAGUAGCCAUUUUCUGCUGAGUGCGAUUUCUGCAGGAGGUUAAAAAGGAGUGCAUUCAAAAGCCGACAUCCUGGCGAGUCCGAAAUGUUAUAUGGUUGUGCUGCAUGGUAAUCAGUCUAACAACCUCACUUAAGUAAUCCUUCCUAAUCGGCAACGCAUUCCGGAAUGUUGGCCAACAUUUCAUGAGAUCGGUCACGCACUGUAAGUGCAGGGAUAGAGUGCUGUGCAGAGCAGAUAUUCGGGGAAAUAAAAUGGGAGAAAAUUCAAUCAGGUAUGGGAUUAGUAGACAGGGCAAUAGUAACGAUUUCUUUUAAGAGCUUGAAUUUCAAAAAGGGGCAAACUUUAGUCUUCAGCACAUAUCAAUUGACAGAACAGACCCAAUAGAUAUAAACCCAGUAGCUUGGUCGACUUACUUAGAUAUAUAUUGCGACAAAUUGAACAAAGCAAUAGCAUAAUGUCAAUGCACCAAAAAUGUUGUUAGGAGACCGGAAAUGAGAUCAUCGAAGGAGUGGGGCGACAAAAUUCAAGCCACCAAACAGGACCCUAGUGUAGGCGGCCGGUGAGCAUACAUUAGGCACUACAAUAAGUAUACAUCACGAUGCUACACGAGGGAGGAUUAGAAAGUCCACUGACUACUUUCCAAUCGAUGCUUCACAAGGAAAAGGGUUAGGCAGAAAACAUUUGGGGAAGUAAGGUGUGAAUUGAAAAAUUAUUCGUAUACUGACAUGACCCUCCUUUAAAAAUGGAGGGAUCAGGCGAUGGAAACUAGUAGGGUUCAUGUAAGAGUAGUUGUAAUGAACAGAAAUGAAAGGAGAGUGCUUCGAGUUUAGAGGAAUAUGACAGGGAAUAGCAAGUCAAAUCAGCAAAGGGCAUAAGGCGAUCUCGGUUGCCUACUGUAAACGCCCAAGUAACUCGGACGAAUACAAUGCUGGGCGAUAUCACUGAUAUCUCAGAGUGCCAACUUCUGUCUUUUGAACUGCACCCCAGCUCUAGGAUCGAGUCCGACAUUGUGUACAGUCUUUAAAAUGAGCAAAAAGAACCUGGGGGACCAGUGCACCUUGGCUUCCGAAGACAAAUCUCCUCCACCGUAUAUGCAAGUGUAAACCAGAAGGUACAAUCUGAUAUGAACAUGAAACGUAAAUGUUAUUUUUAUUUUAAUAGGCUGAAAUUCGGUCAGAAACGACGAAAAUACAGUUAAGGGGUCAUUGGAGUUUGACCGCCUGUUGGCGCCUCUUCCCGAAUUCCUGAACGCGAUGGAGUCCUAUUCGAGCGACUUCUCUCUUAAAAACGUGGCGGUCGUUAAGAAUAACGAAUCAUUUAUGCAUGAUCAUGAACGAGAAAAAAACUUCCGUCUAUGUGGUCGUUCGUGUUCUCAGAUUUCCCUGAGCGCUUCAGAGAAGGCUAGGAAAUUCUUCUCCCGAAUAUACAGAUUCAAGCAGAUGGACUUCGAAUAUGCUCUUUGGCAAAUGGUCAACAUUUUCUCUUCCCCACAGAAGCUGUACAGGAACUUUAGCUACCACCAUUGUAAGGAGUUUUAUUUUCAAUCUGUUUAUCUCUCUAAGCAACUGGAAACCAGUGGGCACGAGAUGAUCCGGCCUUCCUUAUUCUCCUCUUGCCAUGGAUAUUCGGUAAUUCAAUCAUCACUUCGAUGUUUCUUGCUCUUCCUUCGUGAUCUUCCACGAAAUACGGACUAAUGUCCGGGUAGAAUUCCUCGUUGUUGGCAAUGGCCACCUCUUAUAGGUGUGAGGCUUAGGCAAUUUGACCGCACAGGGGAACAUAUUCGUUCACUUUUCAUUUGGAGCUCUCUUCAGAGCCGUCCUAUGUAUUCGCGCACCGGUGAGCAGAUUUAUUAGAAGGUAAAAUGAGGGCGGAUGGAAUGGCAUCUUGAGGGCCACCAGAAGCCAUCAGACAACAAUACCUCAGCCUGGGCCUGAUGGCCUGGAGUUUGAACCUGAGCUUUUUGGCCAUUAACCAUUAAGUCCGACUCUCUAGAAGUUCCAGUUUAGUUAGCAUUUCCCAAUUUGAAGGUGCCGACACCAACAGAAUCCGAGCGAAGCACUUUUUCGACUCGUAGUGAAAUAGGUUCUCAUGUCCUUAAAUGCCCGUGGGGUCUUGGUUUGUCCGCCAUUUAUAAACUGUUUUUACGUUAUGGCACUACAACCUGUGUGAGGGCCUCCUUAUAGUACGUACGAUUGCUCAAAUUCGAUGUUCUUAGAAGUCAGGACGGAACUCCUUGAUAUUACCGGCCGUGCUGUCGUCCUCGAGACCAUAACUCUUUGACGCCAGAGUGGUUUUAAAAAAAUAUUUUUGGCAAUUCUGGUAAGUAAUAAUCUGACGAACAAAUUUUCCUUUUUUCUGGUAGUGUCUUCCAUCGCAAUCUCUGCAAUUAUUCGUCACACAUUCUUCCAGUGGUUUAAACUCCUAAUGUGGUCCAUCUUCGUUGAUUGUAUCGCCUCCGGCAUGGUUGUGUGCACGUUGUUGUGGAUAUUAAGCAACAGGUGGAUGAUCCGCAAGGACCCCUCUAAAUGGCUCGCUAGACGUAGUCGACGUUUCUCUGCUGCCUCUGACGACUCCUCAGAAGAUGGCUCGCAGCUCGUGCCGCCAGACGUGGAGUGGGCCUAUGCGUUCGACAUCCAUCUAAAUGCCUACUUCCCUUGCAUCGUGGUCCUACGUGUCCUUCAACUCCCAUUCCUCUUUCGUAAGUGUCUCCUAUUCCUCUUGAACAACCUCGCUUUACCGUCAUUUUAUCAUUAA